CCCAUACCUUGUUGGCGCCACCUUGAUGAUCAAGGCAUGAGUGUUUAAUAAUUGAAGAUUGAUGUGGAAAGGUAAGGGCAGAGCACUACAAACUUGUCAUUUUCGUCCGUGAAUCUGAAAGUUUGAAUAAUCCGCAGGAAACUACGUCACAGCGGCUGAAGUAUCGUGAUAUCUCGUCUAUAAACGGGAAAAAGCGAAGUGAGAAAACGAGAAGAUGAGAGAUUGGAAGAUGGCGGAGUUGUCCGUCGAGGCUCCGUUAGCAAUGACAGAAGAUUGGUCAGAUUUCAGCGAUUUUCAGAGUUCUGAUGACAUCGAGAACUCAAAUAAAAAAGGGAGUUUAAAAAAGGAAACUAAGGAAAAUGGAUUAUCGAACAAUUUCAACGAAACAUUCUCAGCCUCUUUGGAGGAUCUAGUCAACACCUUCGAUGAUAAAAUUACACAAUGUUUCUGUAAUUAUGAAGAAAAAGUGGAAAAAUUCGCUCCUGUACAAAUAAGAACUCAGGAAGAAAUAAUGAACGAGUGCCAAAUGUGGUGGACCCUCACAGGGAAUUUUGGAAAUAUGUUGCCUAUUGAUUGGUCAAAGUCUUAUGCUCGAAAAAUGCAAAUAAAUUGUCUCAAUUUAAAUGAGAAAAGGGAUAAGGAAACAAAUGAAGAGUUGGACGAAUCUGAUGAUGAUGUUGCAAAAGAUUUGGAUCUCCAUUCUUUGAUAAUUUCCAGUUUACAGCAAGAACCCAUGUUCACAGCUGAACAAGUAUUAGAAGAAAUUGAUGAAAUUAUGCAACAAGAGGAAGUACCUAUGGAGGAAUCUCAAGAAGAAGUGGUAACAACUUCUGAAGAAAAAGAGAAAAAUAUAAUUUCUUCCAUACUUUAUGAAGAAAAGCUGAAAACACUUACUAAUUCUCAGUUAAAUGAACUCUACUUAGAAUUAGAGAUGAUGAUACAAGAAAAUUCAGAAGUUUUAAUUCAAGAGUUAGCUUUAAGGGAUGAACUAGAAUUUGAGAAGGAGCUAAAAAAUACAUUCAUUUCUUACUUACUCACCAUACAAAAUAAAAAAAGACAACAUAGUACAGAGAAACGACGAGUACGCUCAUCAAUGGGAAACAACUCCGAUGCUAAAUUCCUGACUACUGUCAUUCCUUAUAGUGUAGAAAAUGGACCGCCUAACAAUCAGACUUUACAGAUUUUGAUAAAAAUUCUCAAGGCGAUAAAUGAAGAUAAUCCAGCUGUACCUGCACUUCUCACAGAUUAUAUUCUUAAAGUUCUCUGCCCGACAUGAACAACUCGUUUGUUGCUGAAUUUGCUAUGGCUAUUCGUUGAAUUCACCACAUUCUCAGAGGAAUAAUGUUUCUGUUUAUCUUGAUGUUAUGUUUCAACAUUGUAGUAUAUCAUCAUUUUUCUCAGACGGGGAAAUGCUUCAAGAAUUGUAGUUAAGCAGCAAUUAAGGAUUUAACUGCAUUGAUUACUACUACUUCUAGUACAACAACUUAAUUAAAAUUGGAGCUUAUGGUCCUAGAAUUUUGCACCAGUUUUGACUUAAUUAAAUUUUACCUCAGAUGCGUGGAAAGUAUUUUUCGAUUUAAUUAAAGUGCUAUGUGUAUAUAAAGUAUUUAUUUGAAAUGAUGUAAACUAUACAAUUAAAAUUUUUCCAAUAAUUGAUUUGACGCAGAUGACCAAUCUUCUCAAUGAAAUGCUGUUUUAUAGCAUCAUGUCUCUCUUUAGAAAUUAUUAGCUACUUAUAAGCUACUUAAUUGCUUAUAAGCUACUCAUAUAAGCUACUUAAUUGCUUAUUCAUUGAAAAAUAUUUCAUGUCACAAUGAUUAAUGAAAUUGCUAUAUCUAUGUCACAAUGAUCAAUUUUGUAAUUGUAAUAGGCAUUAAUUUUGACAAUGUGAUGUAAAGAAUAUUUAAAGUAAUGCUUUUGUAUGGAAAGACCAGCUUAAUGUGGUUAGUGCCUGUUAAUUUUAUGUAUGAAUAUAAAUAUUAAGUAUUGCAUCCAGCACUAUACAUCAUUUUAUUCUAAAUUCAUUCUUAUUUAUUAUUAGAAUAAUAUAAUCAUAUCUCAUCAAUAAUUUUAUAUCAGAGGGUGUAAAACCUGUUUGAUUGAAGAAUCUCUCUUCCCACUUUCUCUUCAUUUUGUGGCCUUUUUAGUAUUGUAUAGAGGAGUUAUAUUAAGGAUGUAAAAAAUAUUGUUAGAAAGCUUUUAUUUCUUUCCCUAUUAAAAGUUGUGACAAAAUGAUAGUGUAAGAAGUAGGUAAGGCAUCCCAUGUUUUUAACAACUAGUGAUUUAUUUUUUUAAUUGAUAAUACAUUAUGCUUAAAAUAAAAUGAAUUGAUUUUAUUGGCUAAGUGUUUGGAAAAAUUAAAUCAUUUUUAUGUAUGUAUUAAAAGUAAUUAACAGAAUUGCUGUUUUGCUCGGGGAAUUCUAAUUUAAAAAGCACACCUUUUUCAUUUUGUGCUUCGUUAAUGAAAACUUGAAUUAUCGACUUAAUGUUUUGAUCUUUUUAUUUUGCAAUUACAGUUAAACCCUGAUUACCUGACACCCAUUGAAGCAGAUUUUUUUCAGAAAUUUAAAGUUGUCAGAAUCAAAAAUUUACUUUUAAAUGAAACAAAUUCCUAUUUGUUACUAGUAACAGAUUAAUCGCUUGUACAUUUUUGGUCGGUAGGUGAGUAAAGUAAUGCCAUCUUAAACAUCUCAAUUGUCGUUUUCCAGUAUUCAAAUUUCAUUAUCUUCAUAUCAGUAAUUGAAUAGAACUAAUUUGAAUUGAAUGUGGUGUUUAAUGACCCAAUUUCAAAAAUAAAUCAGUAAUUUAGUAAUAUUAGCUGCAUUAAUGCAAUGUGUGUUGGGACGCUUUUAAUAUGCGUCAGAAAAGGUGUCAGAUAAUCAAAGAAUCGGAUGAUCAGGCAUUAUUCUCUGAUUAGGUUUCUACUGUAUUGAAAUUGUACAAAAUAUUUUAUUGAAUUUUUUUAAUCGGAUAAUAUCUUCUUUAAUUUAACUGAUUGUUCGUAUUUGUUAAAUGAUUUUUAUUUAACCCAUUCGUGUAUAACAUGUAUGAUUAUACUAUGAUUAUUGUGCUCAAUUACUUAUGAUUUUAUUAUGUAUACGCUAUUUUUUUAUUGAGUGUUUGUCAGUAAUUCUGAGAAAUUUGUUGAAAAUUUAAAUUCCAUGACUGUUGUUAUUGUAAAUGCUAGAUUAAAUUUAUAUAGCAUUCUAAAUUUAGCUAAAAGUGAGUCUAAGUCGUUUUAUUAAUUUGUUUAUCUGAUUCUAUUUUCUAAGUUAUAAGUGAAAAUUGCAAUGCUAAUUUUAUAUUUAUUUGUUUGCAGUAAAAUAAAAAUAAGUUAAAUUUAUAAUAAUGUUAAGUCAUUAAAUGUUUUAAUAAAAUUCAUUUUUUCGUGAUGAUUUCUAUUGAAGUUUUCUUAGUUGACAAGUUUCCUAAAAAAUUUUUUUUUGCUGGGAUGUUUCUAUCUUACUAUUUGGGAUUCUCGUAAAAAAUCUUGAAUAUAAAUUAAAUUUGUUGAAAAAAAUUGAAAGUUAAAAAGAAAAUUUAAUCUUUUUCCUUGCAAUCAAAUUAUGUAACUCAUUUACUAGUUUUAAAAUUAUUUUUAUCGUAAUUAUAUUUAAUAGCAACCAAAUGUAUAAUGGUAUUUUAGAAUACUUCUAUUUUAAAAUGUAUUUAUUGCUCAGCGAUUUGCACAUAUUUUAAUAACUAAGAUGUAUUUUGAUAUUUGUAUAAUUUAGAGUAUUAAAAGAAAGUGCUCAAGUAGGAAAAAAAAAUUAAGAUGAGUCAAGGGUCGCUCCCUUAAAGUAUAGCUUUACUUUGUCACUCAGUAAACUGUAAAAUAUUUAUAGCUAAAUCUCAGUAUUUGCAGUAGAUAACUUCAUAUAACUUAAUACC